AAUCAAAUAAAAAACCUCCUUCUUCUCACCAUUCUCCAGCUCUUCUUCUUCUACUUCUCCAUCGAAACAAAGCACCACCGCCAUGUCGUCAAAGGGGGAUUGCGGUAUCCACGGCUCCUGCAAACGCCGGAAGCUCUACUGGCGUGUAUUCGCCUGCGUUCUGGCAAUCAUCAUCCUCAUCCUAUUGAUAAUCCUGAUCAUCUGGCUCGUUCUCCGUCCAACCAAACCCCGGUUCUAUCUCCAAGACGUCACAGUCCAGCAAUUCAAUCUCUCCUCUCCUAACCUCCUCUCUUCCAGCAUUCAAAUCACCAUCUCUUCUCGCAACCCCAACGACAACGUCGGCAUCUACUACGAUCGUCUCGACUCCUUCAUCUUCUACAAAAACCAGCAGAUCACCCUCGCCACCUCUCUCCCCACCGGCUACCAGGGGCACAAUGAUAUAACAAUGUGGUCACCAUAUCUAGAAGGAUCAAUGGUACCAAUUGCUCCAUACUUAUGUGAUGCAAUUCAACAAGAUGAAUCAGCUGGGUUGCUUCUUCUCUAUAUUAAGAUUGAUGGGAGGUUGAGAUGGAAGGUUGGUUCUUGGAUUUCAGGACAUUAUCAUAUCUAUGUUAAUUGUCCUGCUUUGCUUACCUUUGGAAAUGGUAAAGCUAAUGGUUAUUCUCCUUCUCUUAAGUUUAAUCAAAUCUCUACUUGCAGUGUUGAUGUUUAAUUAAGUUAAAUUAUUAGGGUUUUUUUUUUAAUUAAGUGUUUUUAUUUACGUUUUUAAUUGUUGAUGGUUUAAUGUUAUAGUGCUUUUGUUAUACUAGAGUUUUUUGUUUAUGUAUGUUAUGUGUAUAGAUUGUGUUCAAUGUGGUAAAUGUUGGAAAUUGUAAGGAAUAAAUGUUGAAUCAAAUCUUGUAUUCUAAAUUGUGAUAAUUGAUAAAUAAAGAGGCAGAAAAAAAAAAAUUGGAUGUCUGUGAUUAUUGUGGA